CGCGGUGCAGGCUCUGGACGCUAGCUGCUCCGCCCGAUCCCCGCCAACUGUGCAGGCUGCUGACCCGCAGCGGCAGCUGCAGCAGCGAGGACUCGAGCGCAGGGCGGCAGCAACAGCUGCGGCGACAGCGACACCAUGGAUCUCUCCUUUAUGGCCGCGCAGAACAAAGACAAAUCCCGGAUUUCUCCAUCAGUCUGGGGCCCUAGAGAAGACCCAGAGCUGGCUCCAGGGAAGGGCUGCAUUUGGCUUGGGAGACUGCCAAUGAUGGGAGGAGCUUUCAUGGACUCGCCCAAUGAGGACUUCAGCACCGAGUACUCCCUGUUUAACUCCUCUGCCAAUGUCCACGCAGCUGCCAAUGGCCAGGGCCAGCCGGAAGAUCCUCCUCGGUCCUCCAACGACGCCGUCUUGCUAUGGAUUGCCAUCAUAGCCACGCUGGGGAACAUCGUGGUGGUGGGUGUGGUGUACGCCUUCACCUUCUGAGGACGGCGCACCCUCUACCACCAUGGGAAACCUUAUUAUUGUAACUUGCUGCUCUCCGGAUACCAGUUCUUCGUGCCGAGAGCAUCGGAAAUGUUUCUGUGUCUUACUGAUGUUUUCAUGAUCAACUUGUAAAUGUAAGCAAUUGACUUCAUAAAAGGUAUUUUAACUAUUCUUGGACCUUUGCUACCCAAGCACCGGGUUUCACCAUGCGAUCACUCACUUUUCUACACUGAAGACUUUCUUAAUGUAGGAUUUCGAUGUGCUCUUUUGAUUAAAAAUAUCUAACCUUAGAAGAUGUAAAAAUGUAUCUGUGAAAUCUUCUCACUUUGUUAGCAUUGUUGCUGUUGUCAUUUUCUAUUAUGAUAAUUGAAGAGAGAAAAGAAGAAAACAUGAA